GCUGCUGAGGAGGACCUGGUGGCCCUAUGGCAACAGUCCUGUUCCUCUUUGCGGUCUGAUGCCUCCUUCCUGCCAAUCCAGCCUUGUUCUUUCCCUGUGCACAUAAGGGGUCUCAGUCUCCAUUACAGCUCCCAUCUGUGCUUUGAGAUGGUCAGGUUCCUGUGGAGAGAGAGAGAGGGAGGCAGAAGUGGCUAGUUCCCAGGUGUUAUAGGCCCCCAUGGAUACCAUGUUGGAAGCCAGACUUCAAACCCAGCAGAGGAACACCCAGAACACCCAGGAGACCAGUUUGUGGUCCUCAGGCUUUGGGAUGAAGCUGGAGACUGUUACCCCAUUUCUGGGGAAAUAUCGCCCCUUUGUGGGUCGCUGCUGCCAGACCUGCACUCCCAAGAGCUGGGAGUCCCUCUUCCACAGAAGCAUAAUGGAUCUAGGCUUCUGCAAUGUGAUCCUGGUGAAGGAGGAGAACACCAGGUUUCGGGGCUGGCUGGUUCGGAGGCUCUGCUAUUUCUUAUGGUCACUGGAGCAGCACAUACCACCCUGUCAGGAUGCCCCACAGAAGAUCAUUGAAAACACUGGGGUGCAGAAUGUCAUCUCAGGGAGGGUCCCAUCAGGGGCUGGGGAAGGCCAGGUGCCAGGCCUUGAGAAGAAAGAGGUACAGCGCAUCCUGGGUCAUCUCCAGGCUCCACUCUGCCCCUUCCUGCUCAGGCUGUUCAGCUGGGCACUGCUGCGGUUCCUGAACUGUGUCUUCUUGAACGUGCAGCUCCACAAGGGCCAGAUGAAGAUGGUCCACAAGGCCGCCCAGGCACAGGGCUUGCCGCUUGUCUUCCUCUCUACCCACAAGUCACUCCUGGAUGGGAUCCUGCUGCCCUUUGUGCUGUUCUCCCAAGGCCUGGGUGUGCUCCGUGUGGCUUGGGACCCCCGCACCUGCUCCCCUGCCCUCAGAGCUCUGCUAAAGAAGCUUGGGGGGCUUUUCUUGCCCCCAGAGGCCAACCUCACCUUGGACAGCUCUGAGGGGGUCCUUGCAAGGGCUGUCGUCCAUGCCGCUAUAGAGCAGCUGUUGGUCAGCAGGCAGCCCUUGCUCAUAUUCCUGGAGGAGCUGCCUGGGGCCCAGGGGCCUCGGCUAUCAGCCCUGGGCCAGACCUGGCUGGGACUGGUAGUACAGGCUGUCCAGGUGGGUGUCGUCCCAGAUGCCAUGCUAGUGCCAGUGGCCAUCACCUAUGACCUGGUUCCAGAUGCACCCUGUGAUGUAUACCAGGCCUUGGCCCCACUGGGGUUGUGGACAGGAGCUCUAGCUGUCCUGCGGAGCCUACGAAGCUGGGGCCACAGCCCCAGGGUCUGUGUCCGUGUGCAUCUGGCACAGCCCUUCUCCCUACAGGAAUACACCAUCAACGCCAGAAGCUGCUGGGGCAGCAGGCAGACCCUGGAGCAGCUGCUGCAGCCCAUUGUGCUGGGCCAAUGUACUGUUGUCCCAGACACUGAGAAGGAACAAGACUGGACUCCAGCAACUGGGCUCCUUCUGGCACUUAAGGAAGAGGACCAGCUCCUGGUCAGGAGGCUGAGCCAUCAUGUCCUGAAUGCCAGCGUGACAAGCUCGGCAGUAAUGAGCACGGCCAUCAUGGCUACACUGCUGCUCUUCAAGCACCAAAAGGGUGUGUUCCUGUCACAGCUCCUGGGGGAGUUCUCCUGGCUGACAGAGGAGACACUGCUGCGUGGCUUUGACGUGGGCUUCUCAGGGCAGUUGCGGUGCCUUGUGCAACACACACUGAGCCUGCUACAGGCACACGUGGCCCUGCUGCACGUCCAGCAGGGGGACUUGCUGGUAGUUCCUCGGCUGGGCCCAGGUCUCACACACCUGGCACGCCUGAGCGCAGAGCUGCUGCCUGCCUUCCUGAGUGAGGCUGUGGGUGCCUGUGCUGUUCGCGGGUUGUUGGCAGGCAGAGUGCCACCUGAGGGGCCCUGGGAGCUACAGGGCAUUGAGCUGCUGAGCCAGAACGAGCUGUACCGCCAGAUCCUCCUGUUGCUGCACUUGCUGCCACAGGACCUGCUGCUGCUGCAGCCCUGCCAGUCUUCCUACUGCUACUGUCAGGAAGUGCUGGACCGUCUCAUCCAAUGUGGGCUCCUGGUUGCUGAGGAGACCCCAGGCUCCCGGCCAGCCUGUGACACAGGGCGGCAGCGUUUAAGUGCAAAGCUGCUGUGGAAACCGAGUGGGGACUUUACUGAUAGUGACAGUGAUGACUUCGAGGAAGCUGAGGGCCGGUACUUCAGGCUCAGUCAGCAGUCACGCUGCCCUGACUUCUUCCUUUUCCUCUGCCGCCUGCUUAGCCCGCUGCUCAAGGCCUUUGCACAGGCUGCUACUUUCCUCCACCAGGGACAGCUGCCUGAUACGGAGUUGGGCUACACCGAGCAGCUCUUGCAGUUCUUACAGGCCAAUGCCCAGGAGGAAGGGUUCUUUGAGUGUGCAGACCCAAAUCUUGCCGUCAGUGCUAUCUGGACCUUCAGAGACCUGGGGGUGCUACAGCAGACACCCAGCCCUGCAGGCCCCAUGCUCUACCUUUCCCCUACAUUCACCAGCCGGGAAAAUCAGGAGAAGCUGGAACAGUUCAUCCGGCAGUUCAUCUGUAGCUAGAACUGUGCAGGGUGGAGCCUAUGCUGAGACUUCUCAGCCCCAGAACAUGGCUGUGUCCUGGAGCCAGAAGACUGACUGGAGCCGGGGAGGGGGGGGCGGGGUGC